ACGACACCAAGGUAAUAUUUGAGUCAGUUUGCGUCAAGUUCUUGUGUUGCUCAGUACAUUCUAAUUUACGACUUUACAGCAACAUUCAAAAGACUGAUUAAAUCGCCGGAUUCUUCAAAUGAUGUCUGUCGAGAAUUUCAGAACAAUCAAAUAGGCCUAAUAAGCAGCUUAUACAUAUCGCACGGUCAAUUCGAAGUUUCCCUAAAAAAAAUUAUACCGUAUAUGCCUAUAUCUCUCUAAACUGUGAACAAGACCAGCUGUCUGUCUAGGGUUCAGUCUGUUUUUGUACUUUGUACAGGGAACCUGCAUUUUAAUGGACCGUUUGAGUUAAUUCAGUUCAUGACGACAGUGAUUCUUGAGUAAUGAAAGUCUUUUAAAAGUAAUAGGCUAAUUUAAAGUAUUUCUAGCACUAAACAUUUGUGUGUGAACCAACUGAAAAUGGUUUUGAAAUGUCGGCGAUUUAAAACUUGUGUUCUAGUCCUCUGGAUGUGUCUUUCUUUCGGUCUAUUUCACAUCUGGGGCACCGAGAAUGUUGGAGAAGAUCCACCAAAGAGUAUAAGGUCUACCUACGACGACUUCCAGUUCUUCCUGCAAAAAGCCACCCAAAUGGCGCUAACGUCGACUUUAUCCUAUAACGAAAAAAGUAAUCAGCCUGAUAACAACCUAACCACCAAUCAGCUGAGUGCAAAUAGGAAGGAAGUAGUAGCCAAUGAUAACGAAUCGUUCAUUCAGAGCCUAGCGCCAAACGUGCCCUACGAGUUCUGGAUGCGCGAAAAGUCUAAAAUUUCCAGCGGCAAAUUCAAACACACAUGCGCUUACUAUCCAAGUGUUUUGGAUCUUCAGUUCAACAACAAUUUCUGGCAAAUUCUCCGGUCAUCGAAUGGAACGUUUUUCUUGUACGGAGCUUAUCACGAUAACCGCACGGCCGUCCAGAAACCGACCAUUCGAAUUCUCGGGAUGAUCGACCGGAUCGAGCCGAAAGUGAAGACGCACUGCUUGCUGUGGUACGACGCUGCUAGAGAUCCGCUGGUCACGCCAAUCGUCGAGUACAAAUACAUCUGGAACAAAAUAUGGGGAAAUUACAAACACGGAAUCCUUCAGCCCUACCUGAUGGCCUGUCAUUUACCUAAUCCGACAGAUCUCAUCGCCAAAAAUUUCAAAAUUGAUCAAAUUCCAGUCUCGGUUUCAUUGACGGAAAAAGGAUGCGAGCCGCCAACCAACAAUUUGCUCAUCAACAAUCAAGUGCCGGCCGAAAAGAAACGAUUCGCCGUCUGCGUCAAAGGCCUAGACUUUCUGCAGGUGGACUUGAGCGUCCGUCUGGUCGAGUGGAUUGAAUUGCUGGGAUUGCUCGGAGCCGACAAGAUUUUCCUGUACGAACUGGAAGUCCAUCCGAACAUCUCCAGAGUCUUGAAAUAUUACCAGGAGAUGGGGCGAGUUGAUUUGACGCCCAUUUCGCUUCCGGGCGAUCAGCCCAAUCUGCCCGGAUUGCGUCACUUGUAUCUCAAGUCGAAGAUUAUCAACAAGCGACAGAACGAGCUGAUUCCCUACAACGACUGUCUCUACCGCAAUCUCUACAGCUACGAUUACAUCGCUCUGCUGGACACGGACGAAGUAAUUAUGCCCCGCGAAGUGUCGACAUGGAACGAGCUGAUGGAUAAAGUCUUGGCCAAAGCUCCGGCCGGCCAACCCUUUGCGUCGUACAACUUCCGCAACGUUUACUUUUGGGACGACGCCGAGCAUUCGCGCAGUUUGGUGGCCAGCAUUCCUCGUCACAUGCACAUGCUGCAACACGUUUACCGCAGUGUCAACUACACCAAGAGCGGCCAAUACGUCAAGUGUUUUCACGACGUCCAAAAGAUCCUUCUCCUCCACAAUCACUACCCGCUGGCGUGCUCAAAAGGCAAAUGCACUUCGUAUGCGGUCGACCCGCAAACGGCCCAUUUGCAACAUUAUCGAAGCGAUUGCCAGUUGAAGAAAACGAACUGCCAGGUAGAAUACAAGCAACACCUGGUCAAAGAUAACACCAUCUGGCGCUAUAAUCAAGAUCUGAUUCCUCGAGUCAAUGCAGUGCUUAGAAAUCUCGAUUUACUUUAAUUCAUUUGUUUAACUUUUUGCUCGAUUACAAUUGCUCAUUGAUUGCUUGUCAUUUGUGGUUCAUUUGAUUUCAUUUGGAGACUCUUGU